GGCACACCUUUGAUCAAUACUUAAGAGCUUUGGUUAAAGUCGAACAACCUGAGCCCUUUUUUUUAUAUAUCACAAAUGCCAUUUUACAGUCAAGUAAUUGAUCAUCUUUUAUUUCCUGAACUUAACGCACAGGACAUAGAAUCAUGGACCAAUUACGCCCCUUCACCACUAGCUUCCACGAAGAUGUCAAAUAUAAUGGGUCUGGAUACUGGUUGCACACAAUCAACGUGAAGUUGAAAGGUCCGACAUUAGCAGAAUUGUCUUCCACAACCCCUCCAGAACUGAACGUAGGUAGACUGAAUACCGACCAGGAGCUUGAAGAUAUUGGAUACAUUCGACUGGCGCCAGGAGUUUGCCAUUUUGUAGCAGCCCCCAAUGCACCUGAUGGCAAGCGCUUCGACCACACAUACCUAUCUGCAGCCGAGAUUGAGAAAGCCGGUCUCCUCAACCGCCUGGUUGAAGUUCGCGAAAAGAUGCUGCAUUGCGAGUUUCAGCCCAAGCUACAUCUCACGAUGAAGAAGGCACGGGGUCGUAAAUUCAUGGAAGGACGCGGAAAGAUCUACGAGCUUGGAAUCACGGUACAAAAGCGCACAGGCCGGAACAGUAUCCAGAACGGAGUCAUGCUUCGAAAUGAUGUUGACGGAGAUAAUCGGGAUUUGUCCGUAGAGCUCACAAGCAUUGCGAAUGCCUUGCUCGAAACCUAUGCGCCUGGAAUGAAAGAUGAGUUUCGAGCGAAGCGUCGACUACAACGCCCUCCUCUCACGAUUGGUGCCGACGAAAAUAACACCAUCACAAGUAUACAGGUGAACUAUCUCGAGAUAGAUGAAGGGAUGGAGGGACUUCGAAAGUUUGGACACGGUCGCAUGGAUAAUCGAGAUCACCCCAAUAUGUUUACUGUGCUCUUCUUCCUCGGAAACCCGCCUCCCGAUUACUACGUGGGAAAUUUUGCAUUGCUAGGGGAGAAAACGGUAUGCCCAACUGCACCUUUGUCAGCUCUGGUGUUUUCUGGAAAAAGAUGGCAUGCUGGUAUUGCUCCUAGACGCUACGAUUCCGACACACCAGCAUCACUACGCUACGUAUCGCCAGUACCAAUUCCGGAAUUGCCAACGGGGACUCCUCUCAUGCGCCUGUGUGUCGUUGCUUAUCCUAAUAAGAGGAUGAUUGAUGUGCACCCACAAGAACUGGGAUACGAACUCUUCACGUCUGCUGGCAGCGCCUGUUUUCAAAGCCAGAAGAAGUAUCAAGAGUGGAGAAUGUCUUAUUACAUUGCGCAUGAGCGGGCCAUGGUGGCGCUAGAGGCUUUGAAAGAUCGGGAAAAAAUGAGGGAGAGAGCACCGAAGAAAAAGGGCGAUGGAAGGGAUCGGUAUGUUCAACUAAAUAUCACUGGUAUCGUACGACACACACAGCCAUCGUACUUCGUCGACAAGUUUCAAUGGCUCGACGAACUAACCGGCCAAGUAAUGUUCCCAUCCACACAGCUGGCAAUAGACACAAUUGCACAAAUCGGGCAGUCUAAUGAAGAAUGGAAUAAUCUUUCCAAGGAUAUGGCACACGUUAGCCUUGGUGGAAAGCUACUUGGAAAGAGGAAGACUUCAGAAAUGGAGACACCAAAGGCUGAUGCCCCUGGAGAAUCCAAGAGACUCAAGUCAAAUGAAAGUGCAAGUGUAACUAAUAGUGAUGAUUACCAUUUCGAAGAAAGAGUUGGUACAGGCGAGGAGGAAUUCUAUCGAUGGGAAGAAUUCUUGAUUGGGCAGAAUGAUGGUGGUUACAUGGACUACCAAGAGCCAGCUUGGGGGUGGGUUAGAAGUAAUGACUACGGAUCAUUUGGCGCUCCAUGAUUGAUAGUUUUAAAUUUUCUAGGAAAAGCUAUUGUACCA